UGUUUCUGAUGGAUUGCAUGCAGCCAGCAUGGCUCCGGAGGGCAUGAUUGAAGUGGAGCGGAAGUUUGUUCCCGGGCCUCGCACCGAGCAGCGGCUGCGGGAACUGGGGGCCAGUCUGGAGCAUCAGCUCACCUUCCGAGACAGCUACUACGACACCCCGGAGCUGGGCCUCAUGCGGGCUGACCACUGGCUACGCCUUCGCGAGGGAAGCGGCUGGGAGUUCAAGUGUCCCGGAGCAGCAGCCGGGACGUCGGGCCCGCACACAGAGUAUUUGGAGGUCACCACCGAGCCCGCCAUCGUGGCCCGGCUCUGUGAAGUGCUGGGGGCAGUGGCCCCAGCCGAGGAAGGGAUGGCUGGCGUGCUAGGCCCGCUGCGGCUGCGGGAAGUGGCUAGUUUUGUGACUCAGCGAAGUUCCUGGAAGCUGGCGCUUCCCGGCUCCCCCAGAGGUGCGCUGCUCCGGGUGGACCUGGACACUGCGGACUUCGGCUACGCGGUGGGAGAGAUAGAGGCCCUGGUGCCCAAGGAGGCCGAGGUCCCGGCUGCUUUAGAGGAGAUCCUCAACCUCAGCAAUAUGCUUGGUGUGCCUGCGCAGGAGAAGGCACCUGCUAAACUGAUAGUGUAUCUCCAACGUUUCCGGCCCCAGGACUAUCUGCAGUUGCUCAAAGCCCUAAAUCCACAGACAGAGACGCCACAGGAAGCCAAGUAGCUGGUCAGUGGCCCAGGACGGACACAAAUUGGAACUCGGAGGCCAGGCAAGUCACUUCAGCAUCCCGUUCCUUCAUUAAGGUAUCACCUGAAGGGGCUCAGUGUCUUCACAGCUCCCGGCCAGCAGGAGGUCUCCGUAUUCGCCGAUGCACCAGGCUGCCACCUGCACCAGCGGCUGCUGUGUAAGGAUCAGAAACAUGCUGGAGAGCCUAGGCUCAAGCAGUGAAGAACUGGCUUGACGCACAAAGCUCAGGACCUGUUCCUGGCACUGCAAGGCUCUCCCUGAAGACCACCUGGUGUAAAUCUCUCUUCCAAUACAAACAAAACACUAGGGUUA